CUGCUCCACAGAGAAGGAGGCUGCCCUGGCUAAGCCGAGAGGAUGUCAGGAGAGACCUUUGCGUUCACGUCCUCCACCCUGCGCUCGCUGCGCCUGCAGAGAGAGCGGCUGGAGUGGGAGGACCGGCGGCGGGCUCUCUCUAGGCAGUGCCUUAGCAGGAGGUUCCCGCCGGCCACCAGGAGCCCCCUGCUCCUCCCCAAGCCGGCGCGGCGUCCCCAGUACUGCCGGGACCCUGCUGUCCACAACGUCCUGUACACCGGGGACCUGCAGACCAUAAAGAACAUCUUCAAGGACGAGGCCAUGGCCAACGUGAUCGUGGAGACGGUCAGCGAGGAGCUGCUGUGGUCGGCGGAGCUAGGGCUGUGGGUGCUGAGUCCCCAGAAGAGGCACACGUCCCCCUUGCGGAUCGUGGCGGGCAGAGGCUAUCGGGACUGCGUGAAGCACUUGAUCCUGCAGGGGGCCGAGGUCGAUGCCGUGGUGGGCGGGAAGGCUGCUCUCCAUGACAGCUGCAUCCACCAGCGCGCCGAGUGUGCCCAGUUGCUCUUGAGCUACGGUGCCGACGCCAACGUGCUGACGGAGGAGGGGCUGGCUCCACUGCAUCUCUGCACCUCCCCAGAGACCUUGCGGUGCGCCGAGCUGCUGCUGGAGCACGGGGCCCUGGUGAACCUGAGCACCAGGGACAGGCGGACGACUCCGCUGCACGUAGCCGCUGAGCACGGCCUGGAGGAGCACGUGCAGCUCUACCUGUGCUACGGGGCCGGCCUCACCCACCGGAACAGGGAAGGGGAGACGGCCCUGAACGCCGCCUGUGCCGGCGCCGACAAGCCCACCAAGGCCGGGCGCUACUACCGGGUGGCCAAGCGGCUGCUGGAGUGCGGGGCCGACGCCAAGACGGCCGGCAGGAAGAACCACACCCCCCUCCACAAUGCCUGCGGCAACUGCCACCCCCGCCUGGUGGACCUGCUGCUCCAGCAUGGGGCUGCCGUGAACGUCAGCAACUGCGCCGGCUACACGCCCAUGGACUGCGCCCUGCAGGCCGUCGAGGAGUACCUGGACGGGCAGCCCGAGCGGAUCAUCGCCAGCCUGCUGGACCACGGGGCGGCAGCCAUCAAUCCCAAGAUGCUGAAGUUCUGCUCCUUGUCCCCACGUGCCCUGGAAGUCGUGCUGAACUCCUACGACCGGAUCCUGUCCUGCGAUUCCUGGGUAGAAGCGGUGCCUCCGGAGAUGUGGCAGGAGCACAAGACUUUCUACGACUCUGCUCUCCAGAUGACCAACCAGCCCCGCCAGCUGCAGCAUCUGGCGCGCUGCGCGCUGCGCACGUACCUGGGAGCGCGGUGCCAUUCAGCCAUCCCCGAACUCAAACUGCCCCUGUCUCUGCGGGCUUAUCUGCAGCUCCCGCUAGAGGGCUACAUCCGGUGACCGCGGAGAUGCGUCCUUCAGGCAUGAUAUUGGGGGAAUGGCUUUGAAUUGCUGAUGGGUGACUGGGGAGAGCCAGUGGGUGUCAAUGCAGACGGGGUAUUCUGUCAGUUCACUCAUGCUGAGUAGUAGCCCCGGGGGCUACUUACAUGCUGCUCCGCAAGAGUGAGGCUGACACAGUCUAGCCCGUUCGUACUUUCAUAACAAGGCUUGGCUUGUGCUAGCACCGGUUUCCACCCUGCUCAAUAAUACGAGGGCAAAGGAUGGAAAAUUCACAAUGUAAAACUGACAGGGCCGAAUAGUCUUCCCUGUGCAGUGCCGCAUUGGCCUGUGGAACUCAUUGCCUCAAGAGGUCAUUGAAGCAGAGAGCUGAGCAGAACUCGGGGAAAGACUGGACAUGGAGCUAGAGAACAAGAAAAUGCUGAGUUAGAACUGCAAUGCCUUUUAAAAUACAACAGACCAUCUAUUUAAACCCCCUCCACUUUGGCCAGGAGCCAAAUGCUGACCAAUGGGAUCAGGAAGAACGUCUCACUCGGAUGGGAACAGAGAACGUUUCUUGUCCCCGGGACAGGUUACCCCACAACAACCUGGGUUUCCUGCAUCAACCUCUGAAGCAGCUGGUACUGCCCCCUGCUGGCCACAGGUCACUAGGGUAGAUGGUGCCUGGUCUCUGUGUUCCUUCUAAACUCCGCAGCUUCACAGGGGCUUAAUCAGCCCUGCCCAGUCAGACGCUCAGGGCUCUGCAGGGAACUGAUGGAAGGGGUGAGGCUGAUUAAUCACCAGUGAAGCUGGGCUGCCCUGCACCUUAGAGGGACUGCUGGUCUCCUUGAUGUCACACUGGGGUUGGUUUGUUCUUUACAGGCAGUUCUCAUCUGUAGGCUUUUUCUGAAUCAACACCCUGAUUCGAUUGACAGCAUUUGGCUUUGACUCUUGCCUGUACUGGGGUCAGAAACCCACGUCUUGGGGCUGCCAGACUGCGCUGUGGCCCCAAAACUAUGCUCUGGCUAUAAAUAUGCCAGCAGCAGCAAGGCACAAAACAUAAGCACAGAUCUGCCGCUCGGUUUGCGAUGCCUGUGGCCUGUGCUGCAUGUCCCUCCCAAACUGGAGUGCUCUUAAAGACAGAGGAGAGUGAUGCAAAGGCCUAAUGGACAGAUCUGUAGCAAUUGCCAGCCCAGAAGCCUAUCUCAUCUUGUGUCCAAGAAUGACCAGUGCCAGCAGCUUUGGGUGGGUGUGUCAAGAACACCCCCCAGUGAGCCAAUAAUUUCCCCAGAAGGGAUGUUUCCUCCCAACCCCUCUCAGUUGGCUUACAACAAAAAAUAGCUAGCUUUCUUCAUCUGAAAAUCUCAAAGCAUUUUAUAAAGGCAGGUCUGCUUUACCACAGGCAAAAGCGAGGCACAGGGAGGUGGAAAUGACUUCCCCAACAGGCCAGUGGUAGGGCUGAGACUAGCUCUCAGAAUGCUAGCUUUGAUCUAGCCACUAGGCCACACUGUAGCCCUUCUAAUAUAAUUACGGAUGGUCUCAUUAGCUGAACUAUUUUUCUUGAGCACAAAAGUUACAUGCAGCUUGCAGUAAAAUUAUUCUGUUCAAUUUAUGCACUUUAGGGGCAGCCUGUGUUAGUUGUUUCCCAAUGUAAAAUAAAAAGCUACAGCAAAUAAAUUUAAAACCACGCUUGUCUUAAAUCUUCC